AUGAAGCCCACACUUCUCGUCCCUAUCAUCGCCGCGGCUGGUGUCCACGCCUCGCCCGCAGAGAUCUCGGAGCGCCAGAGCUGCCCUGGCGUCUACAUCUUCGGCGCCCGUGAGACGACUGUUAGCCCCGGGUAUGGCACCGCCGGCGGCCUCGUGAACCAGGUCUUGGCCGCCUACUCGGGCUCUCAAGCUUCGCCUAUCAGCUAUCCCGCUUGUGGUGGCCAGUCUUCCUGCGGCGGAGUCUCUUACGACCAGUCUGCUAGCCAGGGAACUACGGCUGUCAUCAGUGCUGUAAAUAGCCUCAACAGCCGAUGCCCGAACACGAAGAUUGUCCUUAUUGGAUACUCUCAGGGUGGUCAGAUCAUGGACAACGCCUUGUGCGGCGGUUCAGGCGCUACCCUUAGCGGCAGCGCGCUUAACGCUGUCAAGGCUGCUAUCUUCAUGGGCGAUCCUCACAAUGUCGCCGGUCUGCCUUACAACGUGGGUACUUGCACAGCUGGAGGAUUCGCCGCUCGUCCCUCAGGCUUCCGAUGCUCACCCGCCGAUCCGAGCAUCAUCAAGUCCUACUGUGAUAGUACGGAUCCGUACUGCUGCAAUGGCAACGACGCCAACUCUCACCAGCAAUACGUCAACAAGUACGGCUCCCAGGCCCUUGCAUUCAUCAAGUCGAAGGUCGAUGGCUCCAGCAACGGAGGUGGUAACGGAGGUGGUAACGGCGGUGGUAACGGAGGCGGGAACGGAGGCGAGAAUGGAGGUGGCAAUGGUGGUGGCAACGGAGGCGGUAGUGAUGGCUGCUCAGUCGCGAAAUGGGGCCAAUGCGGUGGCCAGGGCUACAGCGGCUGCUCGACUUGUGCUUCGGGAUCAACUUGCACUGCCCAGAGCCAGUACUACUCGCAAUGCCUGUAA